CUCUUCACACCUGCCUCCGCCUUCUGGCCUCGCCUUCACUCACGACUGGCGCCAGGCCACCAUUGCUCUCGGCUAUUGGCUCUCACUUCUCAAAUCUCACCUCUGCCAUCAAAUCUCACUCAGUUUCCCUGAGGGUCCAGGUGUAAAUAAAUCAAAGUAUAGAAGCGAGCAAGGUUCUGAAAAGUUUUUUAGCUCGAAAAAGCCCUUGGAGGAUGACACCUAAAACCCUCUCCGUCACCUCCUUUUCUCCAUUCCUUCUUCCUCACCAAUUCCAAACUCCCAAAUUCUGCAAUUCUAGUCGGCCUAUAAUCAGUUGCAGAGCCAUUAUUUCACAACAAAAUCAAACCCCAUUGUCGGUUUCUGAAUCACAAGGAACUGGAGCAGCCGCCCCGACCAGAGGGGAUAUUUUCCUUGAACGACAACAACUCUUGGCGGAAUCCGCUCUGGAUAUAGAAAAGAAGAAGAAGAAGAAAAGGAAAGAGAAAACUAGCAGUUCAUUGAAAGCUGCUACAUCAACUUAUAGCUGUUAUGGGUGUGGAGCUCCAUUGCAGAUUUCAGAAAUGGAUGCCCCGGGUUAUGUUGAGCCGGAAACUUAUGAGCUGAAGAAGAAACACCAUCAGCUUAGGACAAUUCUUUGUGGUAGGUGCCGCCUAUUAUCUCAUGGGCACAUGGUGACGGCUGUGGGUGGCAAUGGAGGUUAUGCCGGUGGAAAGCAGUUUGUUACUGCAGAGGAGCUUAGAGAAAAGUUACGUCACUUACGCCUUGAGAAAGCUUUGAUUGUAAAACUGGUUGAUAUAGUGGAUUUCAAUGGCAGUUUUUUGGCUCAUGUUCGUGAUCUUGCUGGUGCAAAUCCAAUUAUAUUAGUUGUGACUAAGGUUGAUCUUCUUCCCAAAGAGACGGAUUUCAAUUGUGUUGGCGAUUGGGUUGUGGAAGCCACCAUGAGAAAGAAGCUCAAUGUUUUAAGUGUCCACUUGACAAGUUCAAAGUCAUUGGUUGGAAUUGCUGGAGUUGUGUCUGAAAUUCAGAAGGAGAAGAAGGGGCGCGACGUGUACAUUCUGGGAGCAGCUAAUGUCGGGAAAUCUGCAUUUAUCAAUGCAUUAUUGAGGAUGCUUUCACAUAAAGAUCCGGUUGCUGCAAUGGCAAGAAAAUACAAACCGAUACAAUCUGCUGUUCCUGGAACCACAGUUGGCCCCAUUCAAAUUAACGCUUUCCUUGGAGGAGGGAAAGUAUACGACACACCUGGAGUUCAUCUUCAUCAUAGGCAAGCUGCAGUGAUUCAUUCUCAAGAUUUACCCGCCCUUGCUCCACGCAGUCGCCUCAGAGGUCAAUCAUUCACGAAGCAGCUAGUCUUGGAUCAUUGGGUAAGUGAGAAAAUGGAGUUUAAUGGCUUAACUGGUUUUUCUAUAUUCUGGGGAGGUCUUGUUCGAAUUGAUGUUUUGAAGGCCCUUCCUGAAUCAUGUUUAACAUUUUAUGGACCCAAGGCGCUAAAGCUUCAUAUAGUACCCUCGAAUAAAGCAGAUGAAUUUUACAAGAAAGAAGUAGGGGUUCUUUUAUCACCUCCAAGCGGAGAACAAGUAGCAGAUUGGGUAGGACUUGAGACUGUUCGCCAAUUAAAAAUAAGAUUCGAUGACACAAAAAGACCUGCUUGUGAUGUGGCCAUCUCGGGUCUUGGAUGGAUAACUGUUGAACCAGUUAGCCAAACACUCAAAGAAGCGAGUUUGAACUUAGUAGAAGAAGAGGCCAUGGAGAUUUCACUAGAUGUUCAUGUCCCGAAGCCAGUUGAGAUUUUCAUUCGGCCUCCACUUCCGGUGGGGAAGCUUGGAGGAGAAUGGUAUCAAUAUCGAGAUUUAACAGAGAAAGAAGAAGAAACCAGACCCAAGUGGUACUUCUGAGAUCCCUUUACUUCUAAAUGGAAAUAUGGAGAGCAUAAAUUCUCAAGUAUUUUGGCUAUAGGAAUGUACCAAAUGAAUAGGCGAGACUAGCAUUUAAAUUGCUGUUUAUCACCGUCAUUUUUGUAUUGUAAAUGAGAUGCCCAAAGAAAACAAUAAUUUUGUUCGAGUCU